UCCGCUUCUGCCUUUUCGUUAGACAGGAUGAUGGUGAGCCACAGCGCACAGUGAGAGAAAGGGUGUGGGCUCCUGCCUGUGGGGUGGCCGAGUGGGAUUUUUCUCCUUCUCACCAUCAUAAUUUUAAAAAUAAACCGGGCCAACUUUUGCUAACAGUAUCCCCUUUUAGAAGAAGCAGAUCUGGGAGAGUUGGGGGCUGGGCAGGUGCUCUCUUCCUGUCUGUAUCUAAGAGAGAGAGAGAGAGAGAGAGAGAGAGAGAGAACAGGCACCUGGGAAGGCAGCAGAAUAGCUUUAGACUGACGGCUGGGACACCCUCAGCCAAGAUGUUCAGCUGGCUUGGUCAUGACGACCGAAGAAGGAAGGACCCGGAGGUGUUCCAGACUGUGAGUGAGGGGCUCAAGAAACUCUACAAGACUAAGCUGCUCCCUUUGGAAGAGUAUUACAGGUUUCACGAGUUUCACUCUCCUGCCCUGGAAGAUGCCGACUUUGACAAUAAGCCCAUGGUCCUCCUCGUGGGGCAGUAUUCCACCGGGAAGACAACCUUCAUCAGGUACUUGCUGGAACAGGACUUCCCAGGCAUGAGAAUCGGACCUGAGCCCACUACUGACUCAUUCAUUGCGGUGAUGCAGGGAGAUGUGGAAGGAAUUAUUCCAGGAAAUGCACUGGUGGUAGACCCGAAGAAACCCUUCAGGAAACUCAAUGCUUUUGGCAAUGCCUUCUUGAACAGAUUUGUGUGUGCCCAGUUACCCAACCCAGUGCUAGAAAGCAUCAGUGUGAUUGACACGCCAGGGAUCCUGUCUGGGGAGAAACAGAGAAUCAGCCGAGAUGCAGAGGAGGGCCAUAGCUGCCUGUAUAGAUGCCCAUUUGGAGGUUAUGACUUUGCUGCUGUCUUGGAAUGGUUUGCGGAACGUGUGGACCGCAUCAUCCUUCUCUUUGAUGCCCACAAGCUGGAUAUCUCUGAUGAGUUCUCUGAGGUCAUCAAGGCCCUGAAGAACCACGAAGACAAGAUGCGAGUGGUGUUGAAUAAGGCUGACCAGAUUGAGACACAGCAGCUGAUGAGAGUUUAUGGGGCCCUCAUGUGGUCCCUGGGAAAGAUCGUCAACACCCCUGAAGUAAUCCGGGUCUACAUUGGCUCCUUUUGGUCCCACCCGCUGCUCAUCCCAGACAACCGCAAGCUCUUUGAGGCCGAAGAGCAGGACCUUUUCAGAGAUAUCCAGAGCCUACCCAGGAAUGCAGCCCUCCGGAAACUCAAUGACCUCAUCAAGAGGGCACGGCUGGCCAAGGUCCAUGCCUAUAUCAUCAGCUCUCUAAAGAAGGAGAUGCCAUCCGUGUUUGGGAAGGACAACAAGAAGAAGGAGCUAGUGAAUAACCUGGGAGAGAUUUAUGGACGGAUUGAGCGGGAGCACCAGAUCUCACCAGGGGAUUUCCCCAACCUGAAAAAGAUGCAGGAGCAACUGCAGGCUCAAGACUUUACCAAAUUCCAGCCCCUGAAGAACAAGCUCCUGGAGGUGGUGGAGGACAUGCUGGCUCAUGACAUCGCGCAGCUCAUGGUGCUGGUGCGUCAGGAAGAGACACAGCGGCCGGUCCAGAUGGUGAAGGGAGGGGCUUUCGAGGGCACCUUACACGGCCCCUUUGGACAUGGCUAUGGGGAAGGAGCAGGGGAGGGCAUUGAUGAUGCUGAAUGGGUGGUGGCCAGGGACAAGCCUAUGUACGACGAGAUCUUCUACACCCUGUCCCCAGUGGAUGGCAAAAUCACGGGGGCCAAUGCUAAGAAGGAGAUGGUGCGUUCCAAGCUUCCCAACACCGUGCUGGGCAAGAUCUGGAAGCUGGCAGACAUUGACAAGGAUGGAAUGCUGGAUGAUGAAGAGUUUGCCCUUGCCAACCACCUCAUCAAAGUCAAGUUGGAAGGGCAUGAGCUACCCAACGAGCUGCCCUCCCACCUCCUGCCCCCUUCCAAGCGGAAAAUGGCAGAAUGAAGAAUUUUCUGAGCAAGCGUGAGCUGAAGUGAAAGAUAAAUGGGACAAGAUAAAAACAUACACAUAUACACCUAAAUUUAAAGACCUACACCUUUAGAGAAGGGUGACCACUAGAAUUUGACUGGUUUGGACAUGUGAAUGGGCUCCCAGUGUUGGUGGGAACUCACCCCAAGCACCCAGUUAAGAUAAUUUGAGGACCUCUAACCCUGUAACUCAAAAUAGGUAUCCCUGCCCCUUUUUCUUUCCAAUUUGUCCCCAGUCCCUUCUGCCUCCAUAAUCCUUAGAUUCAUACUUCUGUAGAGGUAGUCACCCUAAUUUAAAGGUGCAGUCACCCAAAGGUGGCAUUCCAGUUCUUGGCUGAUUUCUAUUAUUCCCAACCAAGAAUCUGAGAAGACAAGAAAGGCUUUUUAUCAUAAUAGGUAAUUAACUUUUUUCUGUACAUUUUUUAUUUGGCUUCCUAAUAAGAAAUUUGCCCAGGCAGAGUAGGAAAUAUGAGAGAAAGGGUUAUAAUGAACAAAUACAUUAACAGUAAAUACAUGUGUGAUAUACACCCGCGAAGGCUUUGUCGUUCGAGUAUCUGGAACCCUGUUGGGCAAAGAGGACCAGGUGUAGAAUUAUUACCCUUUUUCCCUAAUCUCAAAGCAUGGAAGAUUCCUUGCAAGGAAGGCCUACUCUUCUUACAUCCUGCCUCUUGCUAACAGAGGAGGUGGUGGAUGGUCAGCAAGCCCAUCUGACAAGUGGGAUUAGAGAUUCUAAUUGCUCUUCAGAAUCUCUGACUUCUCUAGGACCUACAUUAUGGAAACUCAGCAGAGCCCCUGGCAGGAAAUGGCUUGAGCAAACUGGUUAUCAUUCAAUAUUCAAUCUUUCAGUCCUUGCCUCCAGUAGCUUUCUUAACUGCACCCUGACCAUAGCCCUUUUACAGCUUGGCCACACCUUCAUUGUCAGAAAAUCGCUCCAGCCUGAGUUCCCACCCUGCAGGGAUUGAUAGUGACAACUCUCCAUCCCCUUCAUGCAUCCACAUUGUCCGUCUCUCUCCUCCAUUUUACUUUUUUGGUCGUUGGUAUCAUAUCAUCCCUUCAUAUGUCAUGCUCACACCAUGACAGAAGACAUACCCCUAGAUGAGUCUAAUUUAUUUUAUAUCUCUGUUCAUAUUCUAUAGAGAAAUAUUACAUGUAUCUAUAAUGUUUAUUCAUGCAUUGCACAUUGUUAGCUGUCCACAUAUUAAUACAGUGCAUUAACCCUUUGGUACCCUUGGUCCUAGAGCAUCAUUCAAAUGGGAGAAUGUGGGAAUGGUGAAGAAGAAAGGUUGGGGUUCUUUGAAGGCAUCCUCUUACAGAAGGUAGCCCACUUGAUGCUGCUCUGCAGUCCACAGAAAAAUACACCAAAGCCUAAUGGCUUCUGGGUUAUCUGCUUCAGAAAGUCACAGUGGCUUAUCCUGGACUGAGCUGCAAAAACCACAUAUGGAAUACUGUCAUGCUGCCACACCCAAAGGACAAAGAAAGUCCUCAAAGCUGGAGGUUUCCCUCUGUAUCAAACAAUUCCUUAUUUUUUUUUAGGAUAAAACAAAGGAGGAGGUACCCUUUUCAUGGGAUUCAUUUCAUAAACCAGGAAAAAAGAUUCAGCAAGGCUCAGUACUAGACUUCAGUUGCCUGAAGUUUAAUGUUCUGGCUCUGCCACAUCUGUGUGACAUCAGGUUUAACCUCUCUGAGCCUUGGUUUCCUUGCAUAAAAUGAAAAGGUUGAACUGGACUUGUAAUGUCAAACACAUGCAUUGUGGUUAGCAACACUCUGCCAUACUCUGCCCAAACCAGAUUAAAAUGUAAAUGGGGAUAAAGCACCAGCCCUGAAUUCAAGAAGACCUGAGUUCAAAUCCAGCCUCAGACAGUUGAUACUAGCUGUGUGACCCUGGACAGGUCACUUAACCCUCAUUGCCCCACCCCCAAAAAUGUAAAUGGAGAAUAAUUAACAAAAUAAAAAUACAACAGAACAUGGAUAAUGUUAAUACGUGAUGUUCUAAGUCACUGUGCAGACCAUAGGGACCCCUUAGUGGCCUCUGUUUCUAAAUGAAUUUGACAUCACUAGACUAGAUAAUUGCAGAGCUGCCUACCCAUUCUAAAUCUAUGCUGCUAGGAAAACUGGAGUAGGUCCCCAGAAGUUCCAUACAUAGAAUGUAGUAUGUACUGGGUUCAAGAUCUGGAGUCCUGAGGUCAAGUCCUAAAUAGCUAGGUGAUCUUGGUCAAGUCUCUUCAAAUUUCUGGCCUCCAGUUUCCCAGUCUAUAAAAUAAAGGGAGUAGGAAUAGACGAUCUUUAAGGACGCUUCCUUUAUGAAAUGGUCCAAGAUGAAAGUGGAUGCAUUCCUGGGAGGAUCAGUGUUCUUUAAGGAGGAGUGGGAAAGGGGUGAUGGGAGGGGCGUUUUUUCAAAGAGUAAAGAAACUAUCUGCCCCCACUGACUCAGCUACAUGAAACCUUAAGGACAUCUACCCUUUUUCACCUCAGUGUUUUGUUGUUGUUCUCAUUGUUUUUCCCUUUCCCCUCUCCUUUCUAAAGAGCUCUGCUGGAGGAAAGCAGGGAAAAAAGAAUCUAGACCCAGGCAUUCUACUUAAUCCACUGUUUGUUUGUUUUUGUUUUGGAAUUAAAUCAAAUUUUAAAAAUGCAUGUGGUGAAAGCAGCUGGGGCCCCUCAGGGUGGGUGAAGAGUCAAAUAAUUCUCUGGGUGGGAACACUUCCCUUUGGGAGGAUGCUGCAUCACGUGAGUGAGUUAUUUGUAUGCAAAAAUUGACUCAGCCUGAGGAAAUAGAAGACUAGAUGUGUAGCCCAGCACUCUAGAAGAGAGCCCUGGAAAGCCCUGCUAGCCCAUUCACUUGCUUCCCCAGACUUCUCCAUAUGGUGGCCAAACACUGACAUCCCUUCACUGCUCAUACAUUGAGAGUCCCUCUUGAGCACAGAUCCUAAUUCAAUAAAAUCUGAUUGAGUAAA